AUGAAGCGGUACAUGCAUGUAACUCACAUGCCCUCCACCCACAGCACCCUCCCUCACCCACCUCAACCUCCCUCGCUCACCCUCUCCUUCCCUCCCCUCCCCGCGCACCUCUCCCUUGCUUUUCGCCCUGCCCCUCCUCUCCGUUUCAUCAUCUCCCCCAUCCCCUCCCAUUCUCCCCCAUCCCCUCCUAUUUUCCCCCAUCCCCUCCCAUUCUCCCUCAUCCCCUCCCAUUCUCCCCCAUCCCCUCCCAUUCUCCCCCAUCCCCUCCCAUUCUCCCUCAUCCCCUCCCAUUCUCCCCCAUCCUCGCCCCCCCUGCCCUCGGCACCCUUCGUUCGUGUCAGAUGCGCCGCCUCCUGCAGUGACUUGGUGUGCUGUGCUUCUCUGCCAAGUAACGCCAUGCCAACAGCUGGCAUCCAGGUGAACCCCACCGCAAGCUUCCAGAAGGACCUGGGGCCAGAAUCUCUAGACGGAGUGGAUGUGACCCCCACGGCGAGCUUCCAGAAGGACCUGGGGCUGGACUCGCUAGACGGGGUGGAGGUGGUGAUGGCGUUUGAGGAGGAGUUUGCUCAUUCUCUCGCCGCGCUUUCCUUCAGCACAGCAGUGAAGGGAGCUUCUCUCUCCGCCAAUCGCGUAGCAGUAGCUCCCAUCGUCGCUCCCCGCGGCCUUGGCGUGACAGCCCUCCUCCGUUUCAACAAGGCCGCCAUCCCCGCUAAGACCGUUCCCGCUAAGAAGCAACUGCGCACCGAAGACGGCAUCUUCGGCACAUCCGGCGGUUUCGGCUUCACGAAAGCCAACGAGCUCUUCGUGGGGCGCGUGGCGAUGCUCGGAUUCGCCGCGUCGCUGCUGGGCGAGGCGGUAACCGGGCAGGGAAUCCUUUCGCAACUGAACCUGGAGACGGGCAUCCCCAUCACGGAAGCCGAGCCGCUUCUGCUCUUCUUCAUCGCAUUCACCGUGCUCGGCGCCAUCGGCGGGCUGGGCGACCGCGGGCGAUUCGUGGACGACGAGGCGCCGGCGGGUCCGCCGGUGAAGCCGGGGAGCGUGAAGGCGGCGCUGGGGUUGAGCGAGGAGGGGCCGCUGUUCGGGUUUACCAAGGCGAACGAGCUGUUCGUGGGGCGCAUGGCGCAACUGGGGUUCGCGGCGAGCCUGGUGGGCGAGGUGAUCACCGGGCGAGGCGCGCUGGCGCAGCUGAAUAUCGAGACUGGCUUGCCCGUGUGGGAGCUGGAGCCGCUGCUGCUCGCCAGUAUCGCCUUCUUCUUCAUCGCCGCUAUCAACCCCGGUACAGGGAAGUUCAUUAACGAUGACGAGUAG